UAAAAUAAUUUGACUGUAUAUGUAAUUUUUUGGAAAAUGAAACAAUUUAUAAGUUACAUUGAUUUAAUGUAUUCGUCUGAAUUUCUAAAAUUAAAUAAUGUAGUCUGCCAAAGAAAUAAGAUAUGCACAAAUAUUUUUAUUUAACAAAACAGUAGGUUACAUAAGAUAUUCACAAUAUUUGAGGUUAGACGAUGUUUAUAAAAAUUCACAUGAUCUUACAGACGACGUAUAAAUUGAAGUACUGUACUCCACACUUUUCUCUUAUCUAAUUUUUCACGUAUCAUGGAAUUUGCACAAGAACACUCUGCAGCAAAUUGGGUUAAAGCUUCUGGUGGAAAAGUUCCUCCAAUUUCAUUCUGGGAAGGAGAUUAUGCAAUUGGUAGGGGACAUUUUAAAGGUGGAAUACAUAUAGGAUAUGUAGAUAAAGAUCGGAAAGGUCUCGUAAUUUCAUGGGGUGGUAAAGAAGAAAUUCUUCGUGAUUAUGAAGUUUUAACCGGAGACAAAUCUUAUUUUCAUUGGGUUGAACGUUCGGGAACUUGCAAUCCACAAUCAUUCACUCCCCUAAAAGGAGGACAUGAAGCCAACAAAAAUGAAGAAUUAUAUAUCGCUAAAAUGGAACAUAAUGGAAAAAUCAGAAUUGGUAAAGUUGGACCAGAUUGGCAAUCAAUGGCUUACGGUUUGGAUGGAGUUGAAUAUGCGGCUAGUAAUUAUUUUGUACUUGCAAUUAAGAAUAAUUCGAGACAAAUGGAUCCAUUACUUGAAAUUAAUUAAAUUGCAAUAAAAACUUUCUGAACAGAUUUGAACAGAUUUGAAUCACUUUUUUUUUUUUUUU